AUGGCGCAAGAUGCAUCUGGCGAAACACUACGGGGAGUAGCCCAAGAGGUGCUGGGAGUCGUCGUCUAUCCUGGAACAGAAAUCAUGAUCGAUGUCGCAGACGUGCAUCUGAAGCAUGCAGGAAAGCACACCCUGGUGCCACAACCCAGCAACGAUCCCAAUGACCCGCUGAACUGGAGUCGAACAUGGAAGUGGCUCACUAUGAGCUCCAUGGCGCUUUGCACCUUCAAUUAUGGUGUCGGUCCCUUGUCUCUAGCUCCUCAGAUUCCUUACUACAUGAAAGACUUCGAUUCGUCGCUGCCAGCAGUCAUCAACUUCGUCGGCGUGUCCAUCCUGAUCCUGGGUUUCACGAACUUCAUCUGGGUCCCGCUGUCCCGUGGCCUCGGCAGGCGGCCCGUCGCCAUCAUAACCACAAUUAUCACGAUGGCUUCGUGUAUUUGGAGAGCCAGAGCUACAUCUUAUAAUUCGUUCCUCGGUGCCUCCAUACUUUGUGGUAUUGGUGCCUCGCCUGGUGAGACUCUUGGUCCGAUCAUCAUCGCUGAUAUCUCGUUUCUCCAUGAACGUGGGCGCUGGAUGGGACUCUAUCAGUGUAAGAUANNGAUUGGACCAAUCCUAGCCGGCGUCACCUCUCAAGAUUACGGUUGGCAGAGUUUCUGGUGGGUCACCUCAGCGAUCUCAGCCUUCACCAUUGUUUGGGUCAUGUUCUUCUUGCCCGAAACCAAGUGGGAUCGACGAGGCUCUCCUGUCGCGAACAUGGAGAUGCAGGCCCAAACCAGCGAUUCAUCUCUGAAGGACGACAUGAUGGUCACAAAGACAGAGCAGAUCGACGGAACUGAAAACAUUCAUCGACCGGCCCCAUACACCGACGAUCCUCGUGAGGAACGCAUCUCGGGCAAGCCGAGCAAAACUCAGAUGCUGCCUGUGGUAGGAUGGAAAGCACACGAGCCUGUGUUAGAGGCCAUCAUCCUGCCCUUCAAGCUAGCAAGAUUCCCCAUUGUCCUCUGGGGAGCCAUCCAGUUCACUCUCUCUGCAUCUUGCUAUCUUAUGAUCAACCUCAUACAGUCGCAAGCUCUCGGCGCUCCACCAUACAGCUUCAGCCCUGCAAAUGUUGGUUACACGAAUCUGGCUUUCUGGGUCGGCGUAUGCAUCUCGCUUCUCACAGCAGGUCCACUCAGUGAUCGGGUUUCUCAACGAGCAACUGUUCGCAACAACGGCGUCCGAGAACCUGAGAUGCGUCUGCCGGCCCUUAUGCCUUUCGCUAUCUGCACCAUCAUUGGUUCGAUUGUUCUGAGUCUUGGGUUCCAGUAUGGAUGGCCUUGGGAAGUGGUCGUUAUCGUGGGCUUCACUUUAAUCGGAGUCCAAGUGGCCGCUGUGUCGGGUAUCGCCAUCACCUACGUGGUAAGUUCGACUCGUGGCUUUGCUGCUUGUAUCACUAACUUGACUCUCUCANNGGUCGACUGCUACNNAAAGCCUGCGGCCGGCGAAUAUCUCGUCUGUGCCACCGUGUUCAAGAACGUGUGGGGCUACGGGUUGAGCAAAUUCUUGAACGAAUGGAUAGUGAAAAGCGGUUAUAUCGGUCCUCUUAUGACCAUUGCUGCUUUGAGCCUCGGGUGUAUGCUGCUUGGUGCGGUGCCCUUGUACUUCUAUGGCAAGAAGUUCCGAGGGUGGUCAGCUAAUAGCUCGGUUCACUCUGCUUCGUGA